GCGACUGGGUCUUCCCGAAGCUGUCCCCGGCUCCGGCGUCCCUGCUGCCGCUGCCGCCCUAGCUGCCGUUCCUCGCCGUUCCCCGCCAUUUCAUCUGAAGCCACCAGCCCAGGCUGCCAUCAGACGGCUUCAUGGCGUACAGUCAGGGAGGUGGCAAGAAGAAAGUCUGUUACUACUACGACGGUGAUAUUGGGAACUAUUAUUAUGGACAGGGCCAUCCAAUGAAGCCUCACAGGAUUCGCAUGACACACAACUUGUUGCUGAAUUAUGGCUUGUACAGAAAAAUGGAAAUAUAUCGACCUCACAAAGCUACAGCAGAAGAAAUGACCAAAUACCACAGUGAUGAGUACAUCAAAUUUCUUCGCUCAAUUAGACCUGACAAUAUGUCUGAAUAUAGCAAGCAGAUGCAAAGAUUUAAUGUUGGAGAAGAUUGUCCUGUGUUUGAUGGACUGUUUGAGUUCUGUCAGCUGUCAACAGGAGGCUCUGUAGCUGGAGCAGUAAAACUAAACAGACAACAGACGGAUAUGGCUGUUAACUGGGCAGGAGGACUUCAUCACGCUAAGAAGUCAGAGGCUUCGGGCUUCUGUUAUGUCAAUGAUAUUGUGCUUGCCAUUCUUGAACUACUGAAAUACCACCAAAGAGUGUUGUACAUUGACAUUGAUAUCCAUCACGGUGAUGGUGUUGAAGAAGCAUUUUAUACAACAGAUCGUGUUAUGACAGUAUCAUUCCAUAAGUAUGGUGAAUAUUUUCCUGGCACAGGAGAUUUGAGGGACAUAGGUGCCGGAAAAGGCAAAUAUUAUGCUGUUAACUUUCCAAUGAGAGACGGAAUAGAUGAUGAAUCAUAUGGACAGAUAUUUAAACCAAUUAUAUCCAAAGUCAUGGAAAUGUAUCAGCCUAGUGCUGUGGUACUGCAGUGUGGGGCAGAUUCAUUGUCUGGUGACAGGUUGGGAUGUUUUAACCUUACUGUCAAAGGCCAUGCGAAAUGUGUAGAAGUUGUGAAGACUUUCAAUUUACCUCUUCUUAUGCUUGGAGGAGGUGGAUAUACCAUACGUAAUGUUGCGCGAUGUUGGACCUAUGAAACUGCUGUUGCCCUAGAUUGUGAAAUUCCUAAUGAAUUGCCAUACAAUGACUACUUCGAAUAUUUUGGACCAGAUUUCAAACUGCAUAUUAGCCCAUCAAAUAUGACAAACCAGAAUACCCCAGAAUAUAUGGAGAAGAUUAAACAGCGUUUAUUUGAGAAUUUGCGCAUGUUGCCUCAUGCUCCUGGUGUGCAGAUGCAAGCUAUUCCUGAAGAUGCUGUUCAUGAAGAUAGUGGUGAUGAAGAUGGUGAAGAUCCAGACAAACGUAUUUCAAUUCGUGCAUCUGAUAAGCGGAUUGCUUGUGAUGAAGAAUUUUCUGACUCUGAAGAUGAAGGAGAAGGUGGACGCAGAAAUGUUGCAGAUCAUAAGAAAGGAGCAAAGAAAGCCCGAUUAGAAGAAGACAAAAAAGAGACAGAAGACAAAAAAGCAGAUAUUAAAGAGGAAGACAAAUCCAAGGAUAGCAGUGGUGAAAAGGCAGAUACCAAAGGCGCAAAGUCAGAACAGCUCAGCAAUCCUUGAAAUUAAAGCCUCACAUCAAGUAAAGGACACAAUACUAAAUUGAGAAAAAAUGCUAAAAGGAGCUUUUCAUAUGGGAAGAGACUUGAUUUUCAUUUUGUACAAUUUGGCAUGGAACGUAUUUAUUUUAGAAACAACUGUGUUUCAGUUUUUGGCAAGUUGUAUUGUGAAUUUCCUAAUUAUGAUUUAAAAAUUUGUUCCACCAGGCUCUAAAACGAUAGUAUUUAAAAUGGUUGUGAGUUAUUAUGUUGAAUGUCUAAACUGAUCUAUUAAAAUUCACCUUCCCUGAGCUGAUUUUACCCCUUUUUGUAAUUAUAUCUUUAUUAAAAAAUGUACUUGCCUGUCUGUCUAUCAUUGCCCAGUAAAUUUCACACUAGUAAGACUGUUUAUGAAGAAAUCUGAUUGCAUUUGGACAGUCCACAAAGAAUACUCCGUGAAUACUUUAUUAAUGAAGCAGAUGAUGAGCAUUGAACUGAAUGGUUGCUGUGUUUGAGUAGGGAUUAACCUUUGGUCCUUCUAGAGAAAUAAUUGAACUUCAGUAAUAUUCAGUGGUAACAGAAGCAAGUAACUUAAAAGUAUCCUGAAAAAUAUUGACAUCAUUAGAUUUUUGGUAUUUUGAGACAGGAAAUGUCUUUCUCUUGCCAAGUUUGCUCCUGUCCUGUGCAUUCCUCAGUUGCAGUAGAUAGAUCAGGCCUGCGUAAUAUAUGGCUCUCCAAGAAGAACACAUCUUACCAGCUACCCUGUUUCAGCCAAAUAUUUGCAGUUCUAAGCUGACAGGCAAAUAAGGUAUCUUGAUCUUGGCUUGUCAGCUGUGUUAGGUUUCCUGACUCGUAGCCUAAGAAGCUUGUGGGUCAUCUUGUCUUCCAUCAAGUCCAUUGCAGCAUUUCUCUCUCACCCCAAAUCCAAAUGUUUUCCUAAUCUGAAAACUUUAUAGAAACUCCAGGGGGUUCAGAAAUGGGACAGGGAGGUUGCUAACAUGGGCUGACUAGAACAUUUCCAUCUGGGCCCAAAUCAAAGUGCUGGUAUUAGCAUUCAAUGACCAAAAUGGUUUGGUGCCAGAUUACCUAAAACAUUAUCUCCUAUACACGUCAGCUUAGACCCUGAUAUGAGCUUCCAGUGGUCUUUCUUUGGGAGACCCCUCGAAAGGAAGUGAGGUGGGUGGCAACUAAGAGUGUCUUUUCUGCUGGGGCACCCUGGUUGUGGAGUGACCUUCCUGAGAUGCUCACCUUGUACCAACUGCUCUUCUCAGUACUAAAUAAAUACCUUUGUAUUUUUGCAGGUAUUGCAGUUUGUUUUAAAUCUGGAUUGUAUUUUACACCUCUGCAUGUGAUGGGAUUCUGUUUAUAGUGUAGUUUUAAACUUUCUAAUUUUUAUCCUGUAUUUUAUGGUUUUAGUUGUGAACAGUCCAGAAAGCUUCAGCUGUUGGGUGGUACAGAAAUGUAAUAAAUAAAUACAAGAAAAUAA